CAACACUACUAUAUAACAAAUAAUUUGAGGGCGUAAAGGAAAAUCGCAAUAAUGUCAAUGUUCUGGGAGGCAUUCAAAGUUGGUGAUUUUGACUACCUGCUACAAUGGAUGAAGCACAACUGGACACUUUCUAUCUACAUAUCACUCGUAUACGUUAUCCUUAUCUUCUGGGGCCAGUCAUACAUGAAGACCAGAACGCCUUUCAAAUUGCGCCCUCAAUUGUUUAUUUGGUCACUUGCCCUCGCCCUCUUCAGCAUAUGGGGUGCUUACAGAACAUUCGGCGGAAUAUUAAGCGAUGCCCAAGAGAACGGGUGGCUCUAUACAAUGUGCUCACUAAGCUAUCUCAAUGAACAGCCGUCCCAAAAUAACUCUCCUCUCUGGGCGUUUCUUUUCAUGUUCAGCAAGUUGCCAGAACUGGGAGACACAAUCUUUGUGGUCCUGAGAAAACAGAGACUGAUAUUCCUGCACUGGUAUCAUCACAUCACUGUUUUUGUGUACUGCUGGUACAGCUACGGACACCCUGUUGCAACUGGUAGAUGGUUCAGCGCGAUCAAUUACAUGGUUCACGCUAUCAUGUACAGUUACUACGCUAUCAGGGCAUCCGGCCACAAAACCCCCAAGUUUAUCCCAAUUUGCAUCACAACUGCCCAGAUUCUUCAGAUGGUCGCCGGUAUCUUUGUCAACGUAUACGCCCUGAAAAUGGUGGUACAGGGCGAGAGUUGUUAUGUGGGUACAACCAACAUCUACCUCUCCCUCUGCAUGUACGGCAGCUACUUCCUUCUCUUCUGCAACUUCUUCAUCAACACUUACCUCAGAAAACCAAAGGACAAGGUCAAGGUGGAAGCUGCAGCCAACAAGGACGCCAUUAAGCAAGAGGAAAUCACCACCUCUUCAACAGUCCGUCACAGAAAUGUCGUGCAAUAAACCGAUAUGUUUCUCGGAACUUGAGCCAUUUUCUGUUUAUCCAAGCUGACAUUUCAUAGGUUCAAUGAUCAUAUUUACUUCAUAUAAAGUGAUAACGCGUAUUGAAAGCAGUUUAUAAAUAUUCUCAUGUAAAUUUGUGAUUAGGUUAGUCAACUUUAGACCGUAUCGGGUAAUUAUUGAAUUAGGAUUCAACAGUACAGCCACUUGUAUUGCUGAUAUGAAAACCAAUUUGGUCGUUAUUCACCAAUUUGGUCAUUAUCAUUAUUUCAUACUAUGAUAAUAGCAUACUUUUGGUAGAAUAAUAUAAAAUUGCUAAAAUAUUUUCGUUAGGUUAAAUUUCUUUGAAUUUUAGGGAGAUUUUGUAUUUUCGGCACCAUUGUCGCAGAAAAUGUUCGUGGUGUAACGAAAAGAAUAUUUACGCCAAGUGCUCAUAGAUAUAAAUGUUGAUAAAUUUUUAAUAAAAUGAGGUUUAUCUGAAUUAAUGUAAGCCUUUGAGAAUGACUUAUUUUGGUGAGGAAAUAUAGAUAGCUCAAAAUGUUUAUCCGGGAAAUAAAAUGAUCGGAUCUCGAAAAAUGUCGAUGAUCCCUUCUCAGCCAAGUGGUCUUCAAGUCUACUAUUUAUUUGUUAAUUUCCAUCUAGAAAUAAUUUGCGUUCAAGUUGAAGUGAACAGGAUCAAUAAUAAAACAUGCACUGUCUAAUCAAAAAUAUAAAUAUAAAUUUUUUUAUAACUGAAAUAAUGUCAUCGGACUCUCAGCCAAAAUCUUUAAAACAUUUUGUAUUGAAGCGGACGUAAUUUGUCCAUCAACAAAUAUAAUUCAUGUUACAUUGUGAUUUGAUUUUAAUUCUUUCUACGGCAUGUCAUAAUCACUUUUUGGAGAUCUGAACACCAGAUGGUAUAGAAUGUACCACUGUUGAUGGACAAAUAACAAUACAUGUAUCUAUAAAAUAGCAGCUGUCCCUUCGAAAGCUUUUCUUAACUUCAUAACAUGUAUAAUUAUGGUAGUUUGAUUGUUAACUGUACAUUAAUCGGAAUGUUUAUCACACAAAUCAAUGCACGUAUGUCGUACAUAUCUAUAUAUAUAGUUUUUGUAGUUUGUGUUUUGUUAGAAUAUUCAAUAUCGAAUAGGGCAAGAUCUCUUCUCGAAUCUCGGGGGUAUUUAUAUUUAAAGAUGUUUUGUUAGCAAAUUAUUACACUAUCUUAAACUUUGUAAAUUAGGAAAAAUGUCAUCAUGCCUGAUGCCACCAAG